UACUCCACCUCAACUCACAAACUCCCCUGUGCUGCAGCAAAUACUCCUCCUAUACACAUCCGCCCGUGUCAUUCUGUCCAUCUGAGAGUGCAGGGAGGAUCGUCUCCCACCAAUUGACACCAUGAAAAGAUAUUUGGGACUAAAGGGGAUUCCUUGGCCGUGGACAAAGAAAGAGCCCGAGCCGAAUGAGUCCAGCCCACUCAUACCAAAGCCAAGAGCUGCGAAAGAAGAGGACAAAGAGCUAAGCCAUGACACUAGUGAUUCUCAGUCAGGGUCAGAUAAUGGACAGGACUACCGCAGCCCUCCGUUAACAACAACACAACCCCAGAAUAAUUAUUCUUUGACGGACUAUUUCCUGAAAUACUUCCUGUUCCUGUGCAACCUGGUUUUCACAGUUCUGGGCCUGGUGGUUCUUGGUCUGGGGAUGUGGGGCCUCAUCAGCAAAGAAUCAUUUGCCCAGGAGAAGAUCGGCAGCAUCGGCACCGACCCAAUGCUAAUACUCGUGACUCUGGGCCUUCUGCUCACUCUGCUUUGCCUGACAGGGUGUGUUGGUGCCUUGAGAGAAAACUCUUGCUUACUGAAGCUGUUCUCAGGUAUCGUGUUGGUACUCAUCUUAGCUCAGGUGCUGGUGGCCAUCAUGGCCUACAGUAUGCAAAGCCAGAUUGGGGACUAUCUGCGGUCAGCGAUGUUAGCUGCCAUGGCACGGUAUCAAGAUGAUCUGGAUCUGAGGUUCAUCACGGACGAACUCCAAUCAAAUCUGCAGUGCUGUGGGGCAGACACCUACCGUGACUGGGAGAUCAACAUCUAUUACAACUGCUCAGCUCCAGGAGUGCUGGCCUGUGGCGUCCCUGCAACAUGCUGCAUAGACCCUUUGGAGAACGGCACAGUGUGGAACUCUCAGUGUGGAGUAAGAGCGCUGCAGCUAGACGAGUUCACCGCUCAAAGUGUCAUCUUUUUGGGUGGUUGUCUGGGUGGAAUCUCUCGUUGGGUCGAGCUGCACGAGACCUUCAUUGGGAUCGUUGGACUCGUGGUAUUUGGGGUUGAAAUUCUGGCUGUGUUCAUCACCACACGAUUGCUGGAAAGCAUCCACUGGCAUAAAGCUCAUGUACAACAAUGAUGACAAAUGCAGCAGCAUGAUUAUUA